AUGGCGAUCCUCGGGGAGCUCGGGACGGAGAUCCUCAUCCCUGUCUGCGGGGUCAUCGGCAUCGUCUUCGCCGUCGCGCAGUGGUUCAUCUUCUCCAAGGUCAAGGUCACCCCCAGCACCGCAUCCGCCGCCGCCGGCGCCAAGAACGGCUACGGUGACUACCUCAUCGAGGAGGAGGAGGAGGGCCUCAACGACCACAACGUCGUCAUCAAGUGCGCCGAGAUCCAGACCGCCAUCUGUGAAGGCUCCGACGGUGUAGCGGCAACAGGCUCCUACGGCUCUCCCUUUGGGCUGCUUACUUGGGGGCAGGCCUGGCAGCAGUUUAUGCACUCGGAUACCUGUCACGGCAUCGGGAUAACAACAUUGAAAGAAGAGGUCAAGCUGUUGGGGACGUGGCUGCAGGGCGACCGUGCCCUCACCUUCUGCCACAUCCUAGCCCGCAACACCGUCAGGGCCAAGCCAGCCCAACUCGCCUUCGGUACACAGUCAGGGCCAAGCCAGCCCAACUCGCCUUCAGGUUAUGGUCUUGGUGGGUCUUCCAUGGCUCUAUUCGGAAGAGUUGGUGGAGGUAUCUACACUAAGGCUGCUGACGUGGGUGCUGACCUUGUUGGCAAAGUUGAGAGGAACAUUCCUGAAGAUGACCCAAGGAACCCAGCUGUGAUUUCUGAUAACGUCGAUGGAAAUGUUGGUGAUAUUGCUGGAAUGGGAUCAGAUCUCUUUGGUUCAUAUGCAAAGUCUUCCUGCGCUGCUCUUGUUGUUGCUUCCAUCUCAUCUUUUGGAAUCAACCAUGAUUUCACUGCGAUGUGCUACCCACUGCUCGUGAGCUCUGCAGGCAUCAUUGUUUGCUUGCUCACCACACUCUUUGCAACUGAUUUCUUUGAGAUUAAGGCUGCAAACGAAAUUGAGCCUGCUCUGAAGAAGCAGCUCAUCAUCUCCACUGCUCUAAUGACUGUUGGUGUUGCGGUCAUCAGCUGGUUGGCUCUUCCAGCUAAGUUCACCAUCUUCAAAUUCGGUGCUCAGAAGGAAGUGUCCAAUUGGGGCCUUUUCUUCUGCGUGGCAGUUGGUCUAUGGGAUGGUCUGAUUAUUGGAUUUGUGACUGAAUACUACACUAGCAACGCCUACAGCCCUGUGCAAGAUGUUGCCGAUUCCUGCAGAACUGGUGCUGCCACCAACGUCAUCUUCGGUCUUGCUCUGGGGUACAAGUGUGUUAUCAUCCCAAUUUUCGCUAUUGCUGUCAGCAUCUACGUCAGCUUCUCCAUUGCUGCAAUGUACGACAUUGCAAUGGCUUCUCUUGGCAUGCUAAGCACAAUGGCAACUGGUCUUGCCAUUGAUGCUUAUGGUCCCAUUAGUGACAAUGCUGGUGGAAUUGCUGAGAUGGCUGGCAUGAGCCACAGAAUCCAUGAGAGGACUGAUGCUCUUGAUGCUGCUGGCGCCACAUUUGCCCGGUGGAUGGCUGUGGAAAGAAAUUCUUCACGCACAAGCAUCUGCUGCAGCACUGCGAGGUUCACACCUAAACGACGAAGCAGUUCAAGAAGGCUACAGGAGAGGAGAGGACUCCAAGAGAUCAUCCGAUUCGCGUCGAAGGGUACAAUUGUGGCAUCGAGGGCUGCUGGAUGA